CACACCCCUCUGCAUAUGUCACCGCGCCAGGCGUGUGCACUUCCUGGUUACUGUGCGCUGUAUGUUGGGGUUGUUGGACUAUUGAUUUAUUUGUCUCAAGGAAUGGUACAUUUACUCCUGCGACGGAACUGGAUCGGCCGGAUUCGUUUAGCGCUGACUCUCGUCGGUCUCCCGUUUACCGUCUGCAGCUCCGGAGUCAGGCCCACAAUCUCCUGCGCACCUUCUUAUCCUUUCAGAACUACUAAAACCAUCACAACCACCACUACCAGUUGCUGCAAACUCUGCACAACCAGUGUCAGGACAAUGCCAUCCUCAGCAGCGCUUCAUGUAAAGUCCAGAUGCCCACAGUACCCAGGAUCCAAAAUCAAGCGCUUCCCUGUGCCUGAUGACAAAGUGGACUGGAGUCAGAAGUGGCCGCAAUAUAAUCCAGUCAACCAUACUGAUCCUGCAGUUUUAAAGAAGCCAGUAUGGGCGGAUGCUGAGAUUGGGGACUUUGGCUUGUUUUUCAGCGUUUUCUCUCCAAAGUUCAACACUGUGGAUGCUGGUGUGGACAGGACAUCCUUUGAGGGCCCCUACAAAGUGGAGAAUGGAAAGCCACUAAAUCCUCAUGGACGCACAGGGGUGACAGGUAGAGGUUUACUUGGACGAUGGGGACCCAAUCAUGCUGCCGAUCCCAUUGUCACGAGAUGGAAAGCAGAUGCCAAAGGAGCAAAGAUACUUCACUCUGUCUCCAAACGACCUAUUCUGCAGUUUGUGGCCAUCAAGAGGAAAGACUGUGGGGAGUGGGCCAUUCCUGGGGGGAUGGUUGAUCCAGGAGAGCAAGUUUCUCUCACGCUUCAGCGAGAGUUCUCCGAAGAAGCACUGAACUCUCUUUCGGUCACACCAGCAGAGAGAGCGAAAAUCCACGAGCGGAUCAACAAACUCUUCAAAUCACCAGGAUUUCAGGUCUAUAAAGGCUAUGUGGAUGAUCCUAGGAACACUGACAAUGCUUGGAUGGAGACAGUCGCUGUCAACUUUCAUGAUGAAUCAGGCAACAGUGUGAGUGAGCUGCCGCUGCAAGCUGGUGAUGACGCAGGACAAGUUAAAUGGGUUGAUGUUGACUCGUCUUUUGCCCUCUAUGCGAGUCACUCCCAUUUCCUGGAGCUGGUUGCCAAAGAGAGGAAAGCCCACUGGUAACCAAGGACAAAAGACUGUUCUGAUAUUAUGAUGAAGGAAAUAUUAGAAGUGUUAUUGCUCUCUGUGUGCUGAGUGCGUGCCAGUUUGUAAAGCAUGAGACCUUUUGUGAAUGUUGCCUCGCUAUGUUCGUCAAAAUAAUCACAGCUAGAAAAUUAGAAGCAUAGGCAUCGUAUUAGUUUGAAUCAUACAUACACUGAACCAGCCACAACAUUAAAACCACCUGCCUCAUAUUGUCUGACUCCAAGAGCUCUGGAGGUGUCCUGUGGCAUCAGGCACUGAGAAGUUAGCAGCAGAUCCUUUAAGCGAGGUGGGGCCUCAGUGGAUUGUUUUCCUGCACAUUACACAGAUGCUUGAUCUGAUUCUGGACAAUUUGAAAGCCAAGUCAGUGACUAUUCUGGAUUUUUUUUUUUGCUAUCUGGCAGGGAGGGAUUAUCCUGCUGAAAGAGGCCACUGCCAUUCAGAGAUACCUUUGACAUGACGGGGUGUGUGUGGCCUGCAGCAGUGUUUAGGUUGGUGGUAACAUCCACAUGAUUGUCAGGACACAAGGUUUCCCAAAGAACAUCACCCAGAGCAUCACACUGCCUUCACCGACUUGCCUUCCUCCCAUCCUGCUGCCAUCUCUUCCCCAAGUUAACAACACACACAUUCCUGCUGUCCACAUGAUGUGAAAGAAAAUGUGAUUCAUCAGACCAGGACACCUUCUUCUGUUGCUCCAUCAUCAAAGUUCUCAUGUCACAUAAUCUAUGGCUAUGAUCCACCAUUUGUUCUGACAACUUUAAGAAUUUCAUUUCUUUCUGCAGGAUGGGACCACAUGCCCCCCAUAUUCCUAAAUAAGCCUUGGUCACAUGUCUUCACCAGUUGACCUUUGUUGGACUUUUUGUUUGGGACUAACCACUACAUACUGGGAACAAACCGCAAGACCUGUCGUUUUGAGGAUGUUCUGACACAGUAAUCAUAAUGUGGCCCAUGUCAAAGUCACUCGGAUGCUUGUGCUGCCUGUUUUUCCUGCUUCCAACACAUUAUCUUCAAUAGCUGACUGUUCACUCGCUGCCUAAUAUAUCCCAAUCCAUGACAGCUGAUGCAGUAACAAAAUAAUCAGCAUUAGCCUCUCAGUGGUUUUAAUGUUGUGGCUGAUCAAUGUAUUGUCUUUCCACUGUAUUGUCUACAGCAACAAUAAAUAAAUUAUAAAAUCAGUGAAACUAUCAGGUUAAAAGCAUGGCUGCAGAAUCAGAGAACGUGGUUUUCCAGCAGCCUUAGAACUGCUCUUUGGAAGGGGAAAAAGCAUUAAAAUAGAACAACUGUACAGUUUCAUCAAAAAUCUUUUGACUCAUCGCUUGUAAGAAACUUAACACAAGUCUGUCACUACAAGUGUUGUCACAUUACAUCCAUUAGCGCAUAUUAGGGUAAUAUAUUCAACGUUAACGGGGAUCACAUUAACCUAAUGUCAUCGUGCAAGAGCAAACACAAUGAGCUGCUGAACAUAACACAUACUUUAUUCAUUUAGGUGUGACAAGGAGGGAAAUUAGAAUUUAAAAAAAGUGGAGUGUGACUUUGAUCUUUACAUGUGAAAAGAACAUGAUGACGUGCUGGAGCUCCACUGUGCACUCAAUACACGCACCAAAGCUAGCAGACAAGCAUGUUUUCAAGCAGCAGCAGACGGUAGAUGCAAAAGGACAUUUCACACUCGACAGCCUGCCUUUCCAAAUGUUCACAUCAGUAGGUGUCAUCUCACUGCAGGGGAUAUUUAUCAAUGAGGCAGCGAUGAAAGGCCUUAUAUCUGUUAGAAUCACUGGUGAAAACACUAACACAUAGAAGCCUGUGCCAUCUAAAGGUAGUCAACCAAUCUGAAAUUAGCUAAGUAAAAAUGAAUAACUGCUGCAUGAUUUGCAAUAAUACAUGUUUGUCUUCAAGCUGACUGUGCAAAUCUAAUAAGAUGUGAUUUAAUCACUCAGCACUUAUGGAAAAAGGAAAGAAGAAUGUGGGUAUAAUUGGGUUUAUCAAGUAUUAAAAGACUGUCAUUAGAUUAUAUCCACAAUAGUUCUACAAAUCCUUUAAACCUUCUGAUUUGCUCUCAUUGCUGCUCAGGUCACAACAUUUGCCUCCAUGUUUUAAGGUGUGAUCCCAGCAGCAGCAUGUGCGUAGGUUCUAUUGUUCAAACCUCACCACAAUAGAUCCAUUAUAUAACCUAAUUGUAUAAUUCUUCACACCCAUAUAGGAGCUCAUUCAGCUCCAGUAAGUUUCUCAAUGCAGUCAGGCUACUUUCCCUCACCACCGGAGCAUUUACAGUAGGAGCACUAAUAGCAUUUGUUGUUGUGGGAGAUGUGGAAGAGGAGAGUAUUUCCCAUCCAGAUUUCCCCAGAUGUACCACUUAAAUUGGCAACCUUCCAGUGACAAAAUCCUCCAACCUUUCAUUCUAAAGCUCUGGUUUUAUUACAUUUUUUUCUACCUAAAGUGGUUAUUGGUUAGUACAAGGCAAAAGUAAAUAUGAUGGAGCUUUUCCACUGAAAUUCUGCAAAGCCAAACGCUAAAUCAUUGUAGGUUCCUUUAAUUUGCAACAAUGCUUUACUAAUCGGACUGAAUUUUCUGUCUAUAAGCUACCAUGUCAAAUGAGCCAAAGGUGUUUGCUAGUAAGCACUGAAUUUUUUGUCUAAUAAAAGUUGUAUCAUUA